AGUUUAAACAAUUUGGCCGCCGCUCGCGUUUAGUUCUCUUUCGCGUGCGCCAAAACCAAGUAACCAAGUUAACAAGUUGCCGGGCCGAAAAAUAAAUUUCAGUUUCAGAUUCAGUUCGAGUUUCGAUUUCCGAUUUCUGAUUUUUUGCUAAAACGCAAUUUAGUUUCGGUUUCGAACUCGAUUGCUCUGCAUUGGAGUGCUAUAGAUCUGAUUUGAAGUGCUCGAUUGAUUGGCCGAUUGAUUAGCGGGCCACGUGAAACAUGCAUUUCGGGCGUAGCAGAAACUUAACGUCGACCCUCUUGAUUGGCGGCAUUCUUCUGAUGGCUCUGGUUUUGGUCCAAAGUAAGGAUCCGAGUUCCCAGGAUGCACCGCAUAUACGACAUAAGCGCGGAAUCUUCUGGGACUUCUUCCAGAAGAUGGUCAUCACCAAGAAUCUCAUAGUGGAUCAAUAUACAGACACCCGCAAUACCCUGAAUGAUAUCUACAAUACUGUCAAUGAACAAUUCAGCGAUCCAGGUCCCGCAAAACCCACCAAUCGGCCCAGGGUGACAACUGAGAAAACUUCUAUUAGUGGAGAGGAAAGUGGUAGUAACAGCGAGGAGCCCACAACCACGGAGGCUUUCCAGAUCUCUCGCUAUGAACUGGGUCGCAUUCUGGGCAGGAACUUCCGGGGUCUUCAAAAGUUGGCCAUGAGUGAGUUCAGCACGGCCCUGAACGCCACCAAGUACAAUCUGGCUGAGUACAAAUCCGAGGCGGAUAAACAGUUUGCCAACAGUUUGGCCGUGGAGAAGAAAAACAAGCUGAAGAGUCUCAAGGGCUGAGCCACGCCACGCCCCCUUUUCCCAGUGCCUGUUGAUAGUUAUCUCUGUGAUAGGCUGAUGACUGCAUAUCCCCCGCAUUUCCUUUUUUUUUUUUUGCUUAUUUAUUUGUUGGCAUCCCAGCAACUAUAUGGAAUAAGAGGCGGAUGUGGAUGCGGUUGGGGAAGUGUCCCCAAACGCAUACGGAUUCGUGUCUACGACUAUUGUGUGUCAAAUUAAAAAGUUUUCUGUCAUAA